AACAUUGUCUCAGGAGAUCAGGAAGCAAUCUUCUUCUCUGUUAGGUCAUAUUUUAUACGUUUUUAAAAAAUUUGAUUGGCAUGCCUUUAUUACCUUACAAGCUCUAUCAUUGUGUCUUUUAGGGAUAUCCUUCUAUUUGAACCUUCACCGGUCCAUGGAUAAUCGGUCUGCCAUCUCUGAAUUGGUUCUGCUUGGAUUCCCAGGAAUUGGAGAGAAGUUUCACUCCCCGGUCUCCAUAGCUCUGUUCCUGGUUUAUCUCACAUCGCUUUUCUCGAAUGGCGUAGUCAUAGCACUGAUCACUUGUAACCGACAUCUGUACCAACCGAUGUAUGUGCUCAUCAUUAACCUCGCCAUCUCCGACUUGCUAUUUGAUACCAUCACUCUGCCGAAGAUCGUGGCCAAGUACUGGUUUAAUGAUGGGUCUAUCUCAUAUGCUGGAUGCCUCUUCCAAGUACAUUCUGCCCAUUUCCUUGGGAGCUUUGACUCCUACAUCCUCUUACUGAUGGCCGUUGACCGUUAUGUUGCCAUAUGCAAACCCCUGAGGUACACAUCAAUAAUCAACAAUCAACGUACCAUCCUCAUCUGUUGCUUCUUCUGGCUCUUCACAAGUAUUAUUGGCAUAACAAUCGCUGUUCUGGACUCUAGUGAACGACUAUGUGGACAGAAUAUCAGUAGCUGCUUUUGCACCAAUUCAGCGGUCUUGUCCUUGGCCUGCAAUGAUGUGACCCCUGUGAAGCAUAUAACUUUUUGCCUUGCUAUGUUUGUCCUUCUUUUGCCUCUUUUCUUCAUCCUUUUCUCCUAUGGAGUCAUAAUCCGGGUCAUCAUCACACAGACCCAGUCUGUGAGUCGGAAGAGAGCCUAUUACACAUGUGCCACCCAGUUGAGUGUUAUUUGUCUAUAUUUUAUCCCACGGAUAUUUGUGUCUGUAGCCAACCAAGUCAACUUGAUCCUCAACGAAGACGUGAACGUCCUUAUUCUCUGCCUUUACACAUUUGUACCGCAUAUGGCUAACCCCAUCAUUUACUGUUUGAGGACUAAGGAGAUUAGAAGGACCUUUAAGAACCUUAUCAAAAGGUGGAUGCUGAUAAAGAUUCCAAGAAUUCCAGCAGUGAAUGUAAAUACAAUCUCAGAUCACCUUUAGGGAGCGACCCAAAACUGUGCUAUGGAGGGGCGCUGGUGGGCUGGAUACCUAAGUGGUGUUUGACAUCUUAUAAGGCUACAAACAUGGAGAUCACCUUCUCAAAAUCUUGCCUUUGCCACCACACCCCCCUGUGAAGCCACAAUACUCUUGUUGAAGGAGGUGGAUUCCCAGAACAGUCAAAAAGUAAAGGUGAAACUCCUUCAUCAUGGCCAUGACUUUCAGAAGACAAGUACAGACAUCCCACUCCUGUGACUCAACCUGACUCAACCCAGCAGAACCCUCCAAAACCAAAUUCAUUUUUCUUACCUGGAGUGAGCUUUUAAGCCCCGUACACACAAUCGGAAUUUCC